AUGAACACCACCUCAAAAAGGUACUUAAUUAUCGAUUGGGGUAAUGAUAUUAAAAAUAGAGAGCCAUUUUAUUUCUUCAUCAAUGAUGUGAAAGUAGAGUUACCAAAGCAAGUUUCAAUCCUGGUUUCAAAAUUAGUUCAUGAUGAAUAUUUACAAGAUAGUACAGUUAAUUCAGUAAGUGUAUAUUUGAACCUAUCAUGCAAUAAUACAAUCGACAUUAUUUCCGAAUUUUUUUCAACUGGUGUUCUCAGAUUUGAAAAUGAUCAAUUACAUAGACAAGAUAUAUUCGAAGUUGGCAAGGUUCUCGGUAUAGAAUUCUUGAUAAACUUGUUUAAAGAGUACGCUAGAUCAUCAGUCAAUGGGAUUACGGAAGAAAACUUUUUUGACACCUGUGAUUAUGCAAUGAUUAAAAACGAUAAAAAAGUAUUAAAUGAAUGUAUUUCGUUCUUUGCAUCAAAUAUGUAUGAUUUUCAAGAAGAAUAUAAAGUUAGAGCUCUCAAACGAUAUGGAUACGACUUUUUUGAACAAGUUUUGGCAUCAAAAUCUCUGAAAAUUAUAAAUGAAGAUUCCUUAGUCAGAACAAUCAUUGCAUUGAGCGAAUAUGAUAAUUCAUUCUUUUGCAUUCUUAAUAAUGUCAGAGUUGAAUUUUGUAACCAAGAUUCUAUCAAAGCCAUCAAAAACUUUGCAGUUAACCAUAGUUUAGAGUCUAUCUCAACAGAAGUUUUCGAGCGAGCACUUCUUAGUCGUUCACCCAUUCACCAUAAACUAUCACUUUCAAAAGCAACUAAUUAUACUGCAGCAAGCACUCCUAAUAAGCUUCAAUAUUCAGAUACAAAUUAUUAUCAAAGAAAUGUCAAUCCAGCAAAACUCCAACUCUCUAAUCUAAAUAGUUUUAUGUCGACAACAUACUCCAAUAAGUUCAACAUAUCAACCACUCAAGGACUCCAUUAUAUUGAUCACUCCGAUGAAAAUAAGAGAAAAUUAUUAGGUUUAAGUAAGACAAAAGAUAAUCUGAAUCGGAUUUAUGAUGUCCUUGAAAAGGCAUCACAAGAAGAAGAUUAUUCAACAAUCAAAUAUGCAGUUGAUGAAAAAUACACGGAUAUUUGUGAUGAUAAAAAGAAAAAUUUGGUUCUUAUUGCAGCUUGGAAAAAUAAUUUAUCCCUUGUAAAACAAUUGUUUAAUUGUGGCGCAAAUGUUAGAUGCAGAUCUUAUACUGAAAGAACAAUUCUUCAUUACUUUUGUCAAUAUGAUAAUCUAGAAGGUGUAAAAUUCGCUCUUAACUUCAUUAAUGUUAAUGAUCAAAAUAGUGAUGGUUGUACGCCACUUCAUGAUACUAUCAAAUAUGCAGCGGAAAAUCAAGUUGCAAUUUGCGAAUAUUUGAUUUCUCAGCCAAAUAUUAAUAAAACUGUUAAAAACAAAGAUAAUGAAACUGCACUCCAAUCCGCAAUAAAAUUCGCACCACAAAAGAUUGUCGAUCUUCUUAAAAGAAAUGGUUUUAAGGAAUGA